UUAAAACGUCGUCAGAGAGAGAGAGGUGUUCGGACAAGCGCGCAGCAGAAGCACGCUUUCGCUCUCUCAAACUUCACACGGUCGCAAGCCGAACCCACAGGGAGAGAGAGAGAGAGAGACGGGCGAAGGGUGUCGCCGGCGAAGAUGAUUAUCCCCGUCCGCUGCUUCACCUGCGGCAAGGUGAUUGGAAACAAGUGGGACCAGUAUCUCGAUCUCCUCCAGGCUGAUUAUCCGGAAGGAGAUGCUCUUGAUGCAUUGGGAUUGGUCCGGUAUUGCUGUAGGCGAAUGCUGAUGACUCAUGUUGACCUCAUUGAGAAGCUUUUGAACUACAAUACCUUGGAGAAGUCCGAAACCAGUUGACUUGGAAUUACCAGUGAAGGAUGUUCUGCACCAUGUUGCUUUGGUAUCUUCUAAUUGAGCGAUAUCUCGACAACUAUUCUAUGAGGCGCAUUAGAACUUUUAGUUGAGAUGUAGAUGUGGUGUUGACAUAUUCUGGACUGAGGUUUCAUAUGGUCUUGUGCUUUCUCCUAUUGUUCUUUGAAGUGACACUUGGUGUACCAUUUGGGUUAUUUCCCUAUUGUAUAAAUCCAGUCGCCCAAAGUA